CUUCCAUUCGUGCUCGACACUCUCCCCCUUGUGCCUCCUCCACAUAUCCUCUACAAACGCCAACGCCCAAAAAGAGCUAUUAUCGACGCUGGUCAUCGUCAUUCCGGGCGAAGCCACCAACCUCCUUCCCUGCUCCAUCGAGUCCACUUUUCGCAUAUCAUUUCUCCUACAUUGCACACGUACGAUUCCUUUGAGACUCUCUCUGGUGACAAACUUACCAUUUCACGGCCUGACGCGACCUACCCUCUCCCAUAUUUUCCUCCGCGAGUAUUUCGCCAACAGAUCUAGCUUCCAUGGGCAGUGUUGCCAGAAGCUGAAUGCUCCUCCGCAAUGCGAUGACCAUGUGCGCAGAUAGACGGCACUAUCGGGGUCGAUAACUGUGCAUGAACCAAUUUCGGUCGGAUUUCGGGACGCCGCAGGCUGUUACCUUCGGAUAGCAACAUGGAGAGUGGCUUGAAACGAUUAUGGACACGGCGGAAGAGCAAAGGUCGAGAUGUCAGACAAGAGACGGGAAGAGGCAGCCUCAGAAAGAGCCAAAGCACCGACUUGGUUGGCCUAUCUACAAACGACAGGCAUGGACGAAACACGCCGAAUGAGCAAGGGGCUCAGUUUUUGAGUCCGAUAACUACGCAUAGCUCUGUCGAACCUGUAUCAAGCAGCAAAAAACACCCCAUGCUACUUGGUGUGUCAAGACCGACUACUUCGCCAUCACGACCCGGCACGUCUGAGAGUGGGAGUCUUAUGAGUGCAGUCAACCGCGCAGCUACAGACGCCGGAGUCAGAGCAGAACAAGAGUACCGCCAAUCUACAGACCAUUCCUUCCGGGCCCACCGUCAACAGAAGGGGCCUCGAUACAUCGACAUCUUUUCGCUUUCCAAGGCCAAUGGUACAAAUCCAAUGCCUGGAUACAACGAAGAUGUUGCUGAGAGAAACUUGGAUGUGACCCGCGUGGCACUGGAGGGCACCCACGAUCAAACAUCUCCGUCAUCGAAAUAUGCCGAAGAAGUUGCAGCGCGGAAUGCUUACCCACCGCUGCAGGAUAAUAGGAGCAGGAAUACCUCCCUCUCAAGUCCUCGCCGGCCCUUUGAUGAGAAUGCUCGGUCGGAAUUAUCUAGAGAUCUUUCCAGCAGAGUGAGUGAUUACCUUUCAGGAUCAGCAGUGUCAGGACACCCAGAAUGGUCAAGAUUUCAGCCCUUGCCGAGGUCGCAAGAUAUGCAUUCGCGUCAAUCGAGCCAGCCCUCCUGGCAACAACGCUCUCCGAUGCGUGAAUUGCCUACCCUGGCGCAGGGGUCUCCUGGUCCUCUGCUUGCACAUCAUGUUCAUCAUGUCAAACCCUCGACCGAGAACCUACACGACAGGAUGGUCGCAGCCAGAUCCGCUGGCAUCUCCGGGCGACUAGAUCAAAGCGAGGUUUUCCGCAAUUACCAACUUUCAGCAGCAGAAGUGAUACAAGCGAGUCGGCCACCGUCUUCGCGACCGGGUACCGCGAUAUCUAUGGCCAGUGGCACACGCCGCAAUGAACAUCCUCUCCGCUCGCACUCGAGCAUGAGCAACACAUCGGUAAAGCGAGCCAUCAACCUACCCCACCGUACCAUCAUGGACCUGACAGGCACUGAUUCUGAUGUCUUUUCCGAGCGAGAGAGUGAUCCAACCUAUGGCUCAGCUCCCGUCACGGGACAGGCAAAGAUCGACCAAAUGCGGCCAAUGUAUGAAAGCACAAUCGAAGAUCGGCCUUCCCGAUCAGAUCCAGUCGACUUGAGGACAAGUCCUAGCGUGCCUGCAGACUUGCGCAUGUAUGUGCCUGGGGAGUUUUCGCAAAAUCAAUCACCUGUACCAUCGGUUUCAGAAUUCACUGUACGGUCUACACCGACGAAAGUUCCUACAAGCAGCGAACUUUCUUCCAUCAGUACUUUGGCAUCCUCGGCACCCCACACCAGUGUCUUAAUUCAGCCAAAGGAAACAAUUGGUGCUUCUGGUUUCAACAAGGCUCACACUCUCGCCCAAGAGUUUCCCAUCCGGAAUGAGCCCGUGGAACAAUCAACCAGUGGUUCGCAGGACCAUCCAACAAGCAAUAGUUACCUUGCGGAUACAGAAGUCGAUACUCAUCACAGCAAGCAAACACAUGAGGAGCCUCGGGAUGAAGCUGCAGAAAUUGGUGUCUUGAGGACUAUUGAGGAGGCAAGGCUGCAAGAUGGCAUCGAUUCCAAGUCGAAUCGUCCACGAGCAGACCAUGCAAAACAAUCUCACAGAGAGGAGGUUCCACCUUCGCAAACAUAUGCUCAAACCACUCCGGAAAUAGUCGCACCUGUUGACUACGUUGACCCUGGCGCUGGCGAAAGCUUCGGAGUACAAUCUCGAGAUUUUGCAAGUACUCUGCCUAAGCCUGGCCUCACGAGUGUACCUGAAGACACUGAGUCAAGCGGUGACAGUAGAGCUCACCAUGCCAAGAAUACUCGAUAUAGGUCAGCAAGCCACGAUCCAAAUGCCGGAAGGACGCCAUUGAACGAAACUGAUCAACUCAAAUUCUCUUUGUAUGAAUCGACGUUCAACGAGGACGACUUUGCCCAGAAACAAGCCGAUGCACGUGCAGCGCUGAUUAGACUGCAAGAAAGUCUUAACGAAAAUUUCCUCACGCAACCUACUGUGGCUGCACGAUCGUCGAGGCCAACGGCGCCAAAACAUGCGUUCUCCUAUAGCGACGGAAAGCCUGUCGCCCCGUCUACAAUUUUCGCUCAGGUCAGAAACUCUCCACCCGCCCUGGCGAAAACAAAGUUCUCGGCUGACAUAUCGACUGGGGAGGAUAGAUAUGAAAGGCCAAAACCGAGAUCUUAUCAUAGCAUGACCACUGUACCGGAUGCUCACGAAAGACGUCGGAAUUACCACGUAGAUAAUGUUGACGGACGAAAGAGGAACAGACAAGGCAAUCAUCCGGAUCUCGAUGGUCCUGGCCCAUCCAUAGUCGCUCUGGAACAAGAGGAGACAAACCCCCUUCCACUACCCCCACCACUGCAUAUCAAUGGUCGCCGGUUCCAGCAACUGGACAGACAACCUGUCCCACCGAGUCCUGGAGAAGUGUCCCUUUCGAGUUUCCCGCUUCCAGUAUCCUCGCCGAGACCCACUAUUUCCUCGGACACGACAAGAGCUGAUUCAACGGACCCCAUCAAAAGCAUCGGCAGCCAGUAUAGGUCUCAUUCACAACAAAGCAGUGAUGGGAGCCGUGUACUGCGACGCAAAACAAGUCAACGGAGUCAGACGAGCAGUGCCUCGGCAUUUAUUCCUUACCACAUGGUUCCAGAUCGAUCGAGUAGUAUUCGCGAUCGAUCUGUCACGGAGGAAUAUUGAGUGAUCAAGGAGCAAGUCAUAUACAAUCUCUUUUGUCGGUAGGUAUGCUUUUUCUGAUUGGGUGUCGGUCUGGGUUGGUUUUUUGCCUAUUUGCCAUCUUUGCAAGCGUCAGCGAGAAGACGAAAAAAGGGAGAUAAUGUGUGCGCGUGUGAGCGAAGUACAAUUAUUGUUUGGUUUUGACCAGAGCAGAAAAGCUUUUUGCCGUCUUAGGAUAUAUGUGACGAUGUGACGAAGAUUGUUUACUUUUUCAUUUCUUGUUGAACCAUUUCUUUUUCUCUUUUUGGAUGGUGCUGAGUCCAAUGCAAUGCCUCGGUGCAACAUUAAUUCAUCUAUGCAACCAGGUAUGGUUUUGUAGUCCAUAUUGUCGGGUGACAGAGAGAUGGGGAUUGAUGGGAGUGGGACAGGAAGCUGAAGAUGUAUAGAAGUAGUAGGAGGACUUUUUGCUCUUUUCGAUGGUGGAAGGGUUUUACAUAUACCUAUUUAUGUCUGGAGUAUUGACCUCUUGCUCCGUAUUUA